AAAACAGAAUAAGAAUUGUCUCAAUGUAAACGUCUUAGCGCGAAGAUUUUUGUUCCUUUCAAAAAGUUUUAUCACAAUUUUAUUUAAUUCAAUUUAUUGAAAUAUUUCUCAUAGUUUGAUAAAAUAUGGAUCCCGUAAAUAAACAAGAAAUGAUAAAGGUUAUAAAAGAUGCUGGAAUAUAUGAGGAUAAUAUGUCAAAGGAGCAAAUGGAACAAUAUUAUAAAGCAGUCAUAAAUUCUAAAGAUACAUCUUUAUGUGAAAAAGAACCACUGGUAAUUCACAAUAGUCCUGAAGACAUGUUUGAAUCGGAUAUUGAUUCACAAACUCAGUUGGACAACAGUGAUCUUGAAACUAGCUCUUUAAAAUCGAAGAUGGGGAAUUGUAAUAAAAAAAGCACAGAUAAGCGAAAUUUUGAUAUGGAUAUCUUAGAGGAGAACGAAGAUGACAGCAUUCCUCAAGAUGCAACAAAAGCUAGUUUUACUUUUAAUGAUAUGCCCAAAGAUGAUGGCUGUCCUUUAGAAAUAAUUUUUCAUGAACCAAAAUACAUAAGCGUACAAAAUAGUAAAAUAUUCAUUAAUGCUGAUGUACAGACUAAAGCGGAGAUGUUAUUUGAUUACCAUAGUGAUAUGGAGAAAUUGAGAGCUGAUUUAUCAAGACAAUCGUUUUUCUCGGCACCAAGACCAAAACCUAUACAGUUAACUAAUUUUAAUUAUGUUUCUGAAGCCUUUGAGGAAACCGAAGAAACGUAUGUUAGUAGAGCGGGAAGACAAACAAAAAGAAAAAUAUAUAAUGAUGAUGAUGACGAUGAUAUUUCUACUUCCCCUCCCAAGCAACCAAAAUUGAAAUCUGUAGAGAAGCCUAAGUGGCAAUCUAAAACAAAACCCAAUAAGAAAGUGGAAUCUGCAGAGGAACCAAUGGAGUCGGAUUUAACUGAUGUAGUUCAGAGUGAAGUGCCAAAAAUAUCUGCCAGAUCAAAGAAAACAUUGUCCAAUAUUGAAAUAAUGAACCGAUCUACAUUAUUUGCAGAUUCUCCUUUGAAAAGGUUAACAAGAGCAGAAAAAUUAUUUGAUAAAUUAAAAGAAGAUGAUUUAAAAAAACACAGAGAGGAACGAGAGUUGGAGGCUUUUGAGAAAACGUUGACAUCCAAUAUUGAACAGUCAGAACAGAAUGAAGGAGACUCUAUACAUGUUACCAAUGUUGAUAUUGAGUUUCCUAAACGUGUGAUUCCCCCUAUUCCAACUAAAAGGAAGCCAAUCAAUACCAGGACACAAAUCCAAAAAACAAAUGUUAAAAAUCCUGCUCAACAGAAAGAAAUUGAACUGUUCGAACCAGUUAGGCCUUCAACAAGUCAACAUGAUAAUUCUACAAAUGUGCAAUGUCCUAUUUGUGCAAGACUGUUCACAGAGGAUGUAAUCGAGGAACACGCCUCAAAUUGCGGUGAAGAACAAGUAAUGGCUACAAAAGUUUUUACAUGUAAAAUAUGCGACAAAGUGGUUUCAUCUAAUAUCAGAUUACAUAUAAAUGUAUGUAAAAAGCGACAAGAAAAAAUAGUUAGCGAAAGGGAGUAAAUUUUAAUUUUUCAUAUAUUUUAUAUAUUGUUUUUGUUGAUUAUAUGUAAGAUUAUUUUGUUAACUAACAACGUACAAUUAUUUGUUUUAAACAGGGGGUUAAUAGAAUAAUACAAAAGUAAAUUUAAGGUUCAAAUGGUACUGUUAAAAUUAAAUCUACUUGAAAAUUACGGUUUUAUAUAAGGAUAAUCGAAACUAUUGCUAAAAGUUUGUUUUUGAUCCUGUUAUGAUGAUUAUACAGUGUGGAACAGCCAAAUGGAAUAAAUUCCACCACGAAUGUCUUAACAAUAUGCAAAUAUGAUAUAGAAAUGUCUUCUAACGUUAUUCAACAUCUCAGACGUGACUGAUCUAAUUGCAAGCCCUAUUCGUCUUUUUAAGUUAUCUAAAAGUUGAGUGAUUUACUUUUGUAUAUAAUACUUCUGAUAUAUAUCCACAAAAAGGAGUUUAAUGACGUUAAAUUAGGAGAUUUAUAGAUCCGCGCUUCUCUAUCCACCGAUUUGGAUAAAAUUGGUUCAGGUACUGUCAGAUAUUGAUUUGGUAAUGGGGCAUUGCUAUUUUUUGCUGCAACCAUAUUAUAAUCACAGGAACGUGAGGAUUUGCUAUAGCAGACACGACAUUAUUUUGAAGCUAUUCUAAAUAUUUAUCUUCAUUUAAAUUGCAAUCAAUGAAAAAGGGGUAUAAUUUUCAACAAUUCCUGCCCAAACAUCUACUCUUUCAGGAUGUUCUUCUCUCAUCCAGUGAGGAAAACAAAAGAUGGAUCACAUCGUUAUUUAAUAUUGUCAUCAUUUGUUAACAAAAAUACGUUCUUCUAUCAAAAUUGUCAUCCAUGAGAUCAUUUCAUUAUAUGGGAAUGAUUUUUAUUUUUCUUCAAUAUUCCAAAAAUUGAUGUGUGGCUAACCUUGAACAGUUUAGACCAGAAUCAUGUGGUUUUUCUUGAAAUUAAUGCAUAAUAUUCUCUUACUGCAUUGGCAGCUACUUUUUUCAUCUGUCUAACAUGAUCAAACUUCCUUUCUAUUUGGCUAAUUGUUCUUCGGUAUAAAAGGGACCAACUUGGAAAGUUUUCAUGAAAUAAACAAGCAACUUCCGUUUGAACUAAAAUCUUAGCUCCAGUCUCUGAAGACUUGGGUAUCUAAAUGUGCGUCAGAUAGUGUAGUGUUAGUGUAGUGGUGGUGUAUUAUUAUUAUAUAUAAUUCUGUCUAAUCUCGAUUUAACUUCUAUAUUCUAUCUCCAUGCUCUGUUUCUUAUUCCUUUGGUUUUUUAAUGUGGUCCAUGUGUCUGCCCUGAAAGUUAGUAUAGGACUCGCUAUUUAAAAAAAAAUAUGUUAUAUAUAAAGUAUUCAAAAAAAAAAAAAAUUUUUGUCACAGUUUUGUAUUAAAAAUGACUUUUAAUAUGGAUAUUUUUCCCAUCGAAACGAUGUUUUAGGUUAAUAAUUGUCCGUUGUUUGUUGUUUGUUAUUCAUCAUAUAUAGGGUAUUAUAUUUUUUUACAAAUUAAAAUAAUAAUUUUUGGUA